AUCUAUCUAUCUAUAAAAAAAAAAGGGAGAGACGGAGCGGGAGGUAAAUUUUUAAAAAUUAAAUAUGUUUUAAACAGGUAGCCAAAUGGAUCGUGAAUAAGGACCCAAAGUCCGACUGACAUUCGGCCCCAAGUUUCAAAUUGCAUUUCGGCGGUGAAGUUUACAGCCAUUCGACGGUGAAGUUUACAGCCCUCGGCGGCGAGGUUCCGGUGAAAUCGACUUAAAUCAAGGUCUAGGGAAGGGGAAAAUCGGUGAAUGAAACAAUAUUAGUGAAGGCAAUGGAGGCUAAUACCAGGAAUAGUCCAAGGAAAAAGCUUGCUGAUAUCAGUAACUUACCGUUGCGAAAGAGAUUGUCUAGACAAGAUAAGACUCCAGAACAUAUCCCAGCUGCUUCGAAAGAGUAUCUAGAAAGGAUCCAGAAGGAAAAUAUGGCGUUGAUGAAGAUGUUAGCCGAAAGGAACAAGAUUAUUGAAAUAACUGGGGUAGAGAUGCAGAAACUGAGAAUUAAUGUGCGGAAAAUGCAACAACAAAAUCAGCUGCUUGCUCAAGCAAACACUAAAAUGCUUGCGGAAUUAAAUUCAAAUAAAGAUAGGGUCAAAACAUUACAACAUGAGCUUGGAUGCAUAAAGGGCGUACUUAAUGUUAGAAAGUCUGAAGCAGAAGAGCAAUUGAGAACAAAUAUGUGCCAAGAUCUGAAUGAUGAGGUGAAACCCAUGAAGUGUGAGGAGGCAGGAGAUCUAUCAUUAAGAAAAGGAGACACCGAGAAAGCCAGAAAUCUCAAAAAGAGAGCCCAGUCAAAGAGCAUGGGUUCUUCUGAGCAAGUUCAAUGUGAGGAUAAGACGGCAAAUAAAAGAUCAUGCGUAAGGAGGCAGUCUGCUAGGUUUAAACCUGAGGCGCUGAAACUCAGUGAAGAUUCUUUCGAGGUACAAGAUAAUUGUGCUCUGCAUUCAUUAAGUGAUCCAGUGCAAGAAAAUGGUUCGGCAUCCGUAUGCAAGUCAUCCGAUGAUGUACACCCUUCUUCGAGGUUUGAACCUACACCCUUCGGAAGAGCAUCUCUGGGUAGGCCAUCAAGGGAGGCAGCUAAGAGAGUUCAGUCCUACAGGGAAAUUCCUGUGAAUAUAAAAAUGCGAAGACCGCAAUGAACAACCUGCAGUUUAUGUUUACCUUUUUGAUAUUGGAGCAGGUGUUGAAUGAAUCCCAGAUAUCUCGAGUACAUUCAGUCUGAAUCCAUUGGCAUGAUGGGAGUUUACCUCGUUGUCAAGGAGGACAUGGUUAGUUGUUACUUUCACCAUUGCUCAGAAUUCUUUAGUAAGCUUACAUCGCAACCUAAGGAUUGUGUGCACUUCUGAAAGGAGCUAGCUCACUAUCAGGACCGACGGAUAUAAGCAAUUAGUGAUAUGUUAUGUAGUUUUUCGAAAAACUAGAAAGGUACCGCUGUGAACAGUCUCCCUCUUUGACAAGAAGUUGGGUGAACACAAAUCAUAGUAAAAUCAUCUGACUAUGUUGAGGUAAACUUAGGUUAUUGUGCAGUUUUUCGUUUUAGUUGUGCAAGUGGUGUAUCGACUAUUUUCUGAAAAUGGUCUUUGGGUAAAUUUUUUGCUUCAGAGUAUGAUGCUUAUGUUACACCCAACCCUUUCGCAA